GUGAGACCGCCACCAGAGGGAGAGAAGAAGAACGUUGAGAAAGAUGGUGUUGUCAGUUUUACUUAAGACCUUUGCAAUACCGACAGCCAACAAACUGUUGUUGGUUCUGUGUUUUCAAUCCCAGUUACUGCUGAAGCAGGGCAUCGCUUCCUUUUAUUCCAUUCAAUUCACUCGUUUUAUUACCCCAUUUCCCCGUCUGCCGAUCGAUCUCUAUCCCCGUCCCAUCACCGCACCGAAAUGACAUGGCAGAAAUCAACACCAAAAGCGGCGCCGUCGCAAUCGUGAUCUGCGUCUUUAUCAGCAUCGCAUUCUACAAUGUCCUCGAGCUCAAUGCCUACAUCUUCAGCAGCUUCAAGAAGCGCAGCGGACUUUACUUCUGGAGUUUGGUCAUUGCGACUUGGGGUAUUGCCUUCAAUGGAACGGGUUACCUUAUCCUACACCUGUCGCUGUCGGCGCAGACAUAUCUUUACUCGACGCUUAUACUCAUUGGAUGGUGUACUAUGAUCACGGGACAGUCUGUUGUUUUGUAUUCGCGGUUGCAUAUUGUUAUGCAUAAUCAGAAGAGGUUGAGGAUGGUGUUGUAUAUGAUCAUCGUCAAUGCCACCUGGUUGCAUCUCCCUGUUAUUAUCCUUGUUUACGGCGUCGGAUCGUCGAACCCGAAACCUUUUCAGAAACCUUACGAGGUUUUUGAGAAGAUCCAACUAAGCGUCUUCUUUGUCCAAGAGCUCAUCAUCUCGGGCUUGUACGUCUGGGAGACAAGCAAACGCCUCAGAUUGGAGAAGAGCGUCGGCAACACCAAGACGCGCAUGGUAUUGAACCAUCUCCUCAUCGUCAACGUCCUCGUCAUUCUUCUCGACGUCUCCAUCCUCGCCCUCGAAUUCGCGAACCUUUUCGACAUCCAGACCGCCUGGAAGCCACUCGUAUACAGCGUCAAGCUCAAGCUCGAGUUCAGCAUCCUCAACCGUCUCGUCGAACUUACCCGCGGAAGAAACGAAAGUUCUUACGGUCGCAGUCACAAUGCCACACACCAUGAAGACGUCGGCUUGGAGACGUUGAAUCGCGACCGGCGGAAGCAUACUGGGCCUCAGGGAACGAUUACUGGAGAGUAUGAGGUUCGCGUUGGGAAGGGUGAAGAGAGCCAUCGUGUAUUCGGCAAUGAGUCGAGUCUGGUCAAGACAACCGAGAUAUCAGUCCAUAGCGAGAGAUAUCCGGGUCAUGCUGAUCAUGACAGGGGUAGUUUGGAGGGAGAAGGAUCGGGUGAUCUGCAGCAUGUACCGAGAGGAAGUGCAUCGUCGGCGUCUUCUGAAGUACAAUUCGCCAAGUACGGCAACUAAGAUAAGAUAAUAAUACAGCGUUUGUCAUC